AUGUGCCUAAUAUGUGGCGAUAAAGCCGGAGGCACACAUUUCGGUGUAAUAACAUGUGAAUCGUGUAAAGCAUUUUUUAGGCGCAAUGCUAUCAUAAAAGCGGAACAAUUCAAGUGCUAUUUGGGCGGCAAUUGUGAUACGAGUGUCAAAAAUAGGAUUAAUUGCAAGAAAUGUCGUUUAGAUAAGUGUUUUGCUGUCGUAGCGGUCAGUUGUGUCCCCACAUUAUGUCCACAAAGUAGUGUAUAUCCUAGUUCUGUGCAAUCAAUUAGCACUAAUGAGAGUAUUAUCGAAGAUUUCACUGACUUUUCAAACCAAUUGUGUGAAUUCAAUGACAAUUCAGUGAAUACGACAGCCUCCGAGUGCUGGACAGUCGUACCCGUUAUGAAACCAAUCACUGAUUAUAGCAAUCAGUUCAAUGAAUUAGAGGGCAAUAAAUUGAGUGAAUUAUUGGAUGCCAUCAAAGUGUUGAACAUUCCGGUGGUGAUGAACGCCGACCACAUUGUACUGAAUACAAUUGAAAGUGCUUCCGAUGCCAUCGCUCACAAAUAUGAUGUAGAUAUCAGAAAUACGGGGACCAAGACGUGUAUAUACAAACUUGAUCGAUUCCGUGGAUCAAAGUUGUCCCUGUCUAAAUUUGCCCCUGAUGGUAUUUGUCACACUAAAUUCCUGACUGAUAUGGGCAUUGAAUGGGAUUCAGAGGCAUUAAAUUAG